GGUCUGGAUAAAAUCCGCUGUAUUGACUAGAGCGAUUGUUUUAUUGCUAGCCAACUGAUUUUGUUUAAAUCUGUUUGCAUCUGCUUUUAUGUGUUGGAACUAGAAUAGAGCUGGAUCUCGAACUGGUCUCGAUAUCAUACCCUUGUCAUCACAACUUGCAUUGCGCAACACUACCAUGGCGCCAAUCAAGACAGUGGAAUACUUUCGAGUCAAGCCGCGAUGGCUGAUGGUCAAGAUCACCGACGACGACGGAGAGUAUGGCUGGGGUGAGGCGACACUAGAAGGUCACGACCUCGCGGUCGAAGGGACGCUCGAGGAGAUGAUUCCAAGAUUGAUCGGCAUGGAGGCAGGCGAGAUUGAAAACAUUUGGCAAAAGUUCUGGAGACAUGGCUUCUACCGCGGCGGGCCCGUCUUUAUGUCUGCGCUGUCGGGUGUCGAUAUUGCCUUGUGGGAUCUCAAGGGUCGCAAGCUCAAGGUCCCGAUAUACGAACUCCUCGGCGGAAAGGUACGCAACAAGGUCCAAGUCUACUGCUGGAUCGGCGGCGACCGGCCAUCAGAUGUCGAGGCGGCCGCCAAGGUACGGCUAGCGCAAGGGCUCAAGUGCAUCAAGAUGAACGCAACCGAGGACGCCAACUGGGUCGACUCGCCGGCCAUGCUGGACUCGACCGUCGAACGACUCAAAGUGGUCAAGUCUCUCGGGCUGGACGCCGGGCUCGACUUCCACGGACGACUGCACAAGGCCAUGGCCAAGCAGCUGGCCAAGGCGCUGGAGCCGCACCGGCCGCUCUUCAUCGAGGAGCCGCUGCUCUGCGAGCACCCCGAGGCGCUCAAGCAGCUGGCCAACCAGACGACGUGCCCGAUCGCGUUUGGCGAGCGCCUGUACACGCGCUGGGACGUCAAGCGGUUCCUGGAAGACGCCAGCGUCGACAUCCUGCAGCCGGACCUGGCGCACGCCGGCGGCAUCAGCGAGACGCGCAGGAUCGCCCAGAUGGCCGAGGCCUACGACGUCGCCAUCGCGCCGCACUGCCCGCUGGGCCCCGUGGCGUUUGCCGCCAGCAUGCAGAUCGCGCUGACGGCGCCCAAUUUUGCCAUUCUGGAGAUGAGCCUGGGCAUGCACUACAACACCGAGGCGGGGGACGUUGAUCUGCUGACGUAUCUGAAGAAGCCAGAGGUGUUUGAUAUCAAGGAGGGGUACGUGUCGGCGCCGACUGGGCACGGGUUGGGAAUCGAGAUUGAUGAGGAAAUGGUGCGCAAGAUUGCAGUGGAUACGAAACCGUGGCAGUGCAAGGAGUUUCACGGGCCGGACGGGUCAAUUCGGGAGUGGUAGGGAAGUUUAUUGAUGACUGCAAAAUCGGUGCUGUUUGCAGAUCUGCAAAUUUUGAAACUUGUGGAUUGUUAAAUUAAACAGCGAAAUAGUUAAAACAAAAACAGGAAGGAAACAAUUGUCCGCAGUGAAAAAUAAGCUCAGCGAUGGCAAACUUGGUUAGUGGAGACACCUGUCAUUUGU